CACGGCACGGAAGUUAUGACGUCAAGGGGGCGCGUCUUGGAAAAAGGGCAGAAGGGACUCCAACAUGGGAGUUUCCAUGACCAGCUGACAGAGGAUGCUGCCUUCCUCAGAACAGAGAGGAGACUUGACACAGAGCUGGUGGACAAAGUCAUCCUACAGCUCAAUCGAAUCUACCCGCAAAUACUCACAGACAAAGAGGCCACCAAGUUUCGAAAGUUGGACGUGCCUACGUGCGUACGACUGGGUGAGCUCGUGACUCACCUGCAAGCAAAAGGCGAGGAAGCAUGCCGGGAAUUUUAUAGGGCUCUGCACCUGCAUGUAGAGGACGUAUACUACAGCUUGCCUACACGCCUCCGCCUUCGAGAUUCUGUUGAUCCUCUCACAUAUCCAAGUGCUUACAAAGAGAGACAUGUUAUGAAUGACAAAGGUCCCAUUUUCUUCAUGGGCUGCUUCGGUGUUGCGGUUGGAAUGGCAUUAGUUUAUUACCUUGGUGAAACCAAAGUGACUGGAGGAAGUGGGGCUCUCGGGAUGGCGGCUUUGGGCUUGAAAAGAAAAGCCCGUGAGGUUCUGGUAUGGUACACAGAAGAAAGCCUCAUGAAGUAAGGAUCAACUGACCUUUAGUGUCCUUGGAUGUCAGCAACCUUCAUUUGAACCAAAGCACAUCACCAUACUUUGCCUUUUCAAGCAGUCGAGACUAAAACCAUUUUUACUCAUUAGUUUUUAUCUCUUUGGGGGUCCAGGAUAUGAGUGACAGGGAACAUUUAGCAGACAUUUUUCUUAGACCUGGUUUAUUGAGGUAAAGUCAUUUAUAAACAUAAUUAAUGAAGUAAAAACAACAAGAUCAGUAUAUUUCAGUUAACUUUAAAUGAGCAAUUAUUGUAUAAUUAUCACACAGUCUUGAAAGACAGACGUUAUAACUUUAACUUGAUCCAUUGACUAUAAUUAGAUUCAAUACUGUUUCCCGUGCAAUGGUUUCUAGAUGGAUUAUUUUGACGUCCUGAAAGUUUUAAGAGCUGUAGAACAUUUUUUAAGGUAUUUUGUUGCCCCCGUGUGGUGCAAAGGGAGUACAAGCACAAAGGGAUUCUGUUAAUACAGCGUCAAAAUGCAAUAGGUGAAGCAAAAAACUGUAUUUUCUAAGUGCCCAGUCAAGAAAACCUAUGAAAGUCUUUUUACUUGUGACUUUGUUUUACUUAGAAAAAAUAUUUCGAUUGCGCGUAAUGCUGCCCGCGCCCGUAUGACUGUCCUAACCAAUCAUUUCCAAGGCUUGUGCGCGGUGCAUUAUGGGUAGCAAUAACAAACUGUAAACGAAUAAAAUCUAAGAUAAAUUAAAGCCGUAAACACAAAUGCUGAAACGCAGGGGGAAAAGUCCAAUUACACGUCGGUUUUGCGGGAACUUUUAGCAGCCUCGUCGGUAAUAUUAGCGAUACUUACACCGUAAGUGAAAAUGAUGAGUGUAGUUACCCCCUUUAAGUAACCCGACUGCCUUGGGAAUUGCUCGUGUUGUAUGAAAGGAGAGAAGGUUAGCACUCCCCUUGACAAGGAUGGAAAUGGUCCCUGUGACCUGCAACACACAUAUGGUUAAGGCAUUGCCACUUACUUUGUGGUAUCUCUAACCAAGUUUUUUCUUAUGAGUAAACACAACACGUUAUUACUACUUUAUUCAACAGCUUAUCUAAAUUCAGGGAUAUUUGUGUUUUACUUGUGGUGCCAGGCAGUGUAAGCACUUAUUUUGCUUUGAGCCAGGACAAACGUUCAACCCUAUUUUUUGGAAGUUUCUAAUAUUUUGUGAUUUUAUUCACCUGUCAGCUGCUCACAUAUUGUCCACACAGUUUGCCUUAAGAAAUAUUUUUAAAUGUUCCUAAAUCUCAACCCAAUUAUUUCUUGACUAUUUCCUCCAUAUUUGGAAUUUCUACCAUUGAGUGCCUUUUGCAAACUUUAAAUUCCCUUAAAAAAAAUAAAUAAAAGCUCUGCCUUGUAUUGAAUGGAUUUACCAUACUGAACUUUAUAAUGUGUCAUAUUAAUGAGGGGUAUCUUAGGCUCAUGUAAAUAAUUAAAAAAAAAAAAAAAAAAAAAAAAGUAGUUAGGGGAAAGAAAGGAAACUAAGAAGUAUUAGUAUCUAUAAUAGUUGACACUUUAUUGGUGCUUUGUGAAAACAAGUAGUUCUACAUAGGAGUGGGAACCUCUUGGUACCUCACGAUACGAUAUGCGAUACAAAGCUCACGAUAACGAUGAUCUGACGAUAUGGCGAUACAACGAUUUUCGAUACAUUGGUCAGGAAAUCAUUCUAGAAUAUUCUACAAACAACUAAUAAACAGAAAAACAAGCUUCUGCUGUGAAUUGGAAUGAGUUUAUCACUAGUAGACGUCCAAUCCAUUUGAAUUGGGAGGGUGGCAGCGAAUGAACAUCCCUCCCACUUCAAACGGAUUUAAUGUCUAUGACCGUCAGUGGCAGCCACUGCCAGGUAUUGAGGUAAUUUGGGGCUAUUUAAGGUUGUUUACCUGUUGAUUUUCAGUUACUUCCUGUUGAUUUGGGGGUAUUUUACAGGUCACUUCCUGUUUAUUUUGAGUUACAGAACAUAAAGUGACCUGGGAAUCACCCAAAAUGAAUAGGCAGUGACUCAAACUCAUCAGGAAAUGAGCUGUAAAUGCCCUGAAAAUCGGACAGAAUGACUGUGAAUGCUCUGGUUUCGAAUGAACGAACGUUCCCAGUCUAAAUGGAUUGGGCGUCGUGUACCGUCAAUGCAGCCUUAGAGUUAACUGAGACACUAUUAUGGUGGAAGAUUUUGGUAGCAACUUGUUGGUUCCUUUUUAAUGAUUUUUUAGACAUUGACCCCUUUUUAAAACGAUAUCUUGAUUCUUGGCAGGAGCAUAUCGAUAACCUUUUGUGAUACAAAGUAUCACGAUAUCUCACCAUUUUGAUAUUUUGUCACACCCCUGGUAACUUGUACAUGCAUGCUUCAUUACUUGUAUUUCUCUAUUUUACUUGUUGUGCAGUUGGGUGGUCAUAUUUUAUCCCUGAGUGAUGUUAUUUAACAGUUCUCUGUGCCUGCUUGCAUUAUAUUUACUUUUUCAUGUGAAGAUGCCUUAAAUGUAGAAGUGCCACUUAGGUCCUCUGAACUAUGUAUAUUCUCACAAUAAACAAAAAGAUAACAGCUGUUUGUUUUGGUCAUACUUUAAUUUAAAAUAGUUGUCACAGUGUUUAUUAUGUCAUACAGUAAAAUCUCAAAAAGAUUUCAGUCCUUAGAAAAUGCUAUAAAAACAUAUACUCCCAAUAAUUGAACAGACACAUGAAGGCUAUAACUAAAAUAUACAUGUUACUCAUUUAAAUACACAGUAGUGGUUGCAUAGCACAUAUAGUAAACAGCAAAACAAAUACCUCCGAAUCUUGCUUGAUGCUUACAACAUGAUCAGCGAAAUAAAGCUUUUAAGUCACGUCAAGUGUAUAACUUGUUCACUUCAUGAGGUCAGACAUGCGGUAAGGCAAAACCUGUUUGAAGCGUGCAUGGGCAUCCCUUUAAAUUCGAACUACACUCCGUGGUUAACAGUAACAAAUGUGUUCGUAUGAAAAGGCAGUUGUUUUAGUCAAAGUGACCUGAGUAUGAUAUUAGAAAUUUUAAAAUAGUAUGUUUAUGUAAAAAAAACAUAACAAAAAGUCCAAUACUGCCCAGAGUUACAAAAUCAACAGUCAUUGUAGAGUGGAUUGUGUUCGCUUGACCGCAUCAUUUGAUCCUCGGUGUACUUUUGCUUUCCCCGAGCAUGCCAGGUCAAAUUCCAGGAUAAACGCAUCUGUGUGUGUAUCUGCGAGACAGUUUGUAGGCAAGGAAAAUAAACUGUUCAUGAGUGCAAAUGCAUGUUGGGUAAAUCCACAGGCUAGACAGAUGAUGUAGAUUUCAAAGUUUCAGGUCAUGCAGUCGUGUUGGGUCGCUGGACGCCGAAGGCAGUGAUGAAGACAUUGACCACGACGAUGACAAACACAAAGGCUGUGGUCAAAUUCUCCAGGACAUUCAACCUAUAGUGCAUUCGUUCAUCAUUCAGGUUCCACUUGACUGCAAAAGAUAGAAAUUGAGUCAUCAUCAACGAGACUGUUAUUGUCCACCAAGGGGCAGUAGAGAACUGCCUACCCGGAAAGCAGCAGCAAUCAUAGUUGAGGAAUAACUGGGGGUUCCCCUUCUGAUCAGUUAUUACCUGACGCUCCUUUCUAAAUACUCGCUGGCAUCGUUAUUGAACUUCUGUACAAAAUAUAUGACAUCUGCAUGUACACUAUUAGCGGUUUCAGAUGAUUGAAAUUCAGAUCUUCCUGUUGUGGCUCUCUAAAUUUAGCAGCUUUUCUCAAUAGUAUGCACUCUGUUGGGAUAAGAUAAAGGCACAGCCUUCAGACACUGCACUAAGCGGCCCUAGUGCUUCCACUAGACCGUGUUUUAUUUAGCAAAUACGCUGGAAUGGACUAAAGGCAAUAAUAAUGCCCUCUUCUAAUUGAUAGUGUCAAAAGUACAAUCGUUUAGCUAUACUUGUAUGUCUGUAAUUGUUGUUUACAACUAUUUAGAACAGCGCUGCAUGGCAUUAAGAACUACAGUGCCUUGCAAAAGUAUUUGGCCC